GUUUCGUUUUGUGGAAGAAUCGUGUCAUAUUUUCUGUAGUGAAGCAACGUUAAUAGGUUUGUCACUAUUUUGUUGACAAGUCUCGCCUUACGCGAACGCAGUAGUGCGUUUGAAGGCAUUUACACUGAAUAUACAUUACACAUUAUUUACCGUUAACAAGGAGGAUUUCAUCUAUUCUAGCAUACAUUUAACAUUUGAUCGCUGAACAAGUUUUGUGCAAUUUCAUUUUGAAAUAUUUGGAGGAACGUUAAAUUGCCGAACUGUUCAAAAGUCGCACCAUUCGUCACUGGAAGUUAAAAGCGACCCUGCAAACGCUGUGGUGAAGGCAUACUGAUCUGGGCAAAAGAACGACUGCAAAGUAGGAUUUAAAAUGGCAAAACGAGGAGAUGUGGAAAAUAUUGAAAUGGGUGUGAUUGGAAACACAUCUACUUCUAAUGAAGGAUUGGGUUUCUGUGGGAUCAUUCUUGCAUUUGUUUCGAUAAUACUCGUGCUUUGCACGUUACCAUUUUCACUUUUUGUCUGCAUAGUAGUGGUUCAGGAGUAUGAGAGAGCAGUUAUCUUCAGACUUGGGCGUCUCUCGUCCGGUCGUGCUAAAGGUCCGGGUCUAUUCUUCAUCCUACCUUGCAUCGAUGAUUACAAAAAGGUAGAUCUUCGUACUAUUUCGUUUGAUAUUCCUCCUCAAGAGAUUCUGACCAGGGAUAGUUUGACCAUCUCUGUGGAUGCCGUGGUCUUCUACCGUGUCAAGAAUGCCACCAUCAGCAUCGCCAAUGUGGAAAACGCAGACAAGUCAACCAGACUUCUGGCUCAGACGACCCUUCGGAAUGUCCUGGGCACCAAGAACCUGGCCGAGAUCCUUGCAGAACGCGAAGGCAUCAGUCACUACAUGCAGUCCACCCUCGACCAUGACACUGAUCCUUGGGGUAUCUUAGUAGAGCGAGUUGAGAUCAAGGAUGUUCGUUUACCUGUCCAGCUCCAGAGAGCCAUGGCUGCUGAAGCUGAAGCUUCCAGAGAGGCUAGGGCCAAGGUGAUUGCUGCUGAAGGAGAGCAGAAUGCUGCUCGUUCUUUGAAGGAAGCUGCAGAUACUAUUGCGGAAUCUCCAUCGGCUCUUCAGCUGAGGUACCUUCAAACCCUCAACACCAUCUCAGCCGAGAAGAACUCCACUAUCAUCUUUCCAUUACCCAUCGAUCUUCUCAAAGGUGUCCUAAAGUAAAUAUCAACAACCCAAACUGUUUCAUAAUCGGAGAAAAGUAGGGAUGUCGACAGUUGAUGCUAUUCGAUAUAUUAAUUUCGAUACGGUUUUCGUAGAGUCAUUACUUGUGGGUAGUUGUCCCAUCCUUCAAUUCACAAAUUAAGGAUCUGGAUGUGACUUUGUGCUUUGCUUGUGAUUCCACCCCAGCUACCAGUGUGAUUGACGGUCAAUGAAGAUACAACGUGGCCCUCAAGUAUUAGUCAUCCCUUUGACGCUGACAUUGAUAAAGAAACUAUUUUAAAAAUCUUGAAAUAAAAUAUUCCACUAGAAUUUUAUAUUUCAAUAUCUCAUUAAUAACACUGUUGGAAGUGGUUGGUUGGCUUUAUUCUUUAUUGAAUUUAAAAACGUUUGUCGAUGCAAGAUUUAUUAUUUGUUCAUCUGUACGUAUACACGUAUAUAAUACCAAUUUGUAGUUUACGCAAUCAACUUUUCUGCCAUCGUUAUAAGAAAGAAAAUUCGAUGAUUAUAAUGUUGUUUAACAAGAUUAUUUAAAUUGUGAUUACAGUUUACAUUUCCUAUUAUUCCUAUAAUUUUAUUUACAUCUAUACAUGUUGUGAUAAUCAAACUAAUUUGAAUAAAGUGAAAACUGAAGUCGUCUUCAAUUUCUUCUUACAUUAAUUGUUAUUAUCGUAUAUAGGUGACCUGCUUGUUUUUGUUUGACUGUUUUAAUUUAUUCACGGCCUUAUGAAUAUAGAAAACAAUAUACACAGACACAAUCGGUAUAAAGCUGGUUUUCGACGAGGAGGUGCAAGGAAAAUUGAUAACGAUACAGAUAAUUUGACCACUUUCUGGUUUGUCACUGAAGCAUAAAUGGAUGUGUAAGCCAUUCCACAUGAACUCACCGAAGAGUGAAGAGGUCAUAAAUAUCAUGAGGAACCAAUAUAUUGGUACAUGUCUCUCAUUUUUAAAUAAAUGUGGAUUAAGGAAUCAUCUGUCUGGAUAAUGACCAGAUUAGUAAAGAAGAGACUGUCGUUUUUAUAACUUAUAUCGUUUAAUAUUCGACAACACAUUGUACUUAUAAUGAUUCUAAAGUAACCUUGGUAACGGAUGUAGGGCGCUAUAGGCAGGAUGCUGUCACUUCCUAUGAUAUUUCAAAUGCAUGUGGAAGCACUGUGGUGUAGCGGUUCUAAUUCCAUCUUGUAAUCAGAGGGUUGUGUAUCCAAAUCCCACCAUGGACUAGCGACCUUAGACAAGGUGUCGAUCCACACUUUGCAACUCACACACAUGAUAUACCGGUAGGAAAAAGCCGUCACUCUCAACCCAGGUGUAUAGAGAUAAAGGUUAUGAACCCACAGCUAUGCACACACAUAUUGGUAUACAUGCUUGACAGGGUAGGAGCUUUAUAGCAAAAAUUUGGUAUAAGCUACAUGUACAUGAUAUGAAUAGGUGUAAUAGCAUGACAUUGUUUAGGUAACAAGCUAAGCGCAAAUAUUAUUAGUGCUAAUCUAAAAUCUUUCGAUCGGUUAUAUAGGCAGCUUACGUAAUUUUUCUAGUUUUCAAUAAAACAAUUUUGUAUGGUAAAAAUGUCCCGCUAACGUUUCAUAUUAUAUAUGUAUAUAUACAUUAAAUUAUUUAUCAGUACAAACAUUUUUUGAAGUAAAUCUAAUCUCAUCUAUAAUGAGUGAUUACGCGUUUGGUAGAUUAGAAUAGAAUGUAUAUGCUGUUUUAUACUGGAAUGUGAAACCAUACGAAAUAUCAAUAAAAUAUAAGACCAUACCGUA